AUGAUAGAGUUAUCUCCAGACGAAUGUGAAAGAUGCCAGGAUCUUACCAAGAAGCUGCUUGCCAUAACUUUGCAGGACUGUGAAGAACUGGGUUUGGACACAACUUGCGAUGGAGCUCAUGCCAAGCUCGACAAGAGACGCUGGAAGAAACUUCAGUCGCAACGAGACGUCACGGUCUACGCCGAUCGUAAUGCUGACUCAGCGUGGCUUCCUGUUAUGCGACAGAAUGACUGGGAGAGUCCAAUAGCAGUGAUAGGUGUUGGACGAAUGGAGUGUUCGCUGGAAGAUGUUCUCUUCUCGCUGCUAACUCCAAACUCUGCUUCACAAAGACUACGAAGUUUUCUCAUGAAUCGACGACCUGAUAAAAAUUGCCAACUUGUUCCGAUUGUGUCACCUACUCAAGAAGCCCCUUUGCAAUCUCUUGCCAUUUCGCGCUUCGUAAAUGUGCAAAAUUGGCCAUUUACAAUCUUUCAAAGUCCAAAAGAGAUGGUAGUUGUCUUUGCAACGGGUGAGAUCACUGCAUUAAAUGGAAAGCGAUGUGGCUACGAGAUGGUUCAAUCUGUUACACUGCAAAGUCAGAGUCAACGAGCCCAAAUGCCUCAAUCACGAGCUCUUCAGGCGCGUAUUUUCUGGGAACAGCCAGAUGGCUCAAUUGGUGUCUACAAUAAAUUCGUUGUCGACGCAAAAUACCGAUUGUCAGAUUCCGUCAAGCAGCUGAUGCUGUGUCGAGUCGUGAUGGGAUUCUGGAAGUAUGUACCACGCAGUCUAGAGACGAAGAAAUUAUGGUGGUGUGUCAAAAACAAAAAGGAGCUGAUUAACAACCUUCGAACUUAUUCCAUAUCAAAAGAUGAAGAGUCAAAGAGUUGUGAAAAGAAAGUACAAAUAUCGGAUGAUAAACCACACGCGAGGAAUCGAUGUGAAUUUUGUGAGACUGGAUUAUGUGGAGGAUCGAAAUGCCGAGUUUCGUGCCAAUUCACCAUGUAUUUAAGUAGUGAUACUGGAUUUCUUGAGCAGACAUUAAUGCUUUGUCUACGCUGUGCCGCAUUUGUACGGAGCCAGAACUCAGGUGCUAUCGCACGAGCUACACUUGAAGAUCUGGAACAGAGUUCUUUCGGGAGCGCUCCGUAA